UUAAGACUCCUUAGUACUCCUUAAGACACCCAACCCUGCGAGUGGUCGCUGACGCGGCCGAACGCAACGCGCAACAUCUUCGUCUUCCAAGAAUCUUAUAUUGUGCGCAUGAGUUCGCGAUAAAGAGAACGGACGCUGACGCCACGCGACAGUCCGCUCGGGAUCGGGUAGCGGGGUCGGACCACGUUGCGCACAACGGGCGACACGGAGUCGAUCGUGGCUGUUCUAGAUCUCAAGUGAACGAACGUUCCCUUGCGACAGGUACAAGCAAACACAGGAGAAACGCACAUGGUUGAAAAAAAAUUGUUAUCACCUGUGAAACAAGUAGUCUUGUUAAUUACGCACCGGGCUGCCGUUAUUCAUCGAUAUCGCUGUACGAGCGGGACUGAGAAAAUUUGUUGGCGACUCCUUUGUCUGAUUAGUCUCCGAUUGUGUUAUUGCACGCCAAGAAGUAUCGAUUGAAUUCGCCGAUCGUGUUAAUUACACAUCCCGCCAAUCAUUAACAGCGUAGAGGGCGGACGAAAGUGCGAACGGAGCGAACAGUUGCAAUGGGCAUCGGUGCCCGUCGAGCCAGCAGCGCGUGUCCAGCCCUGUCGUCAAUUCGACAGCGGUUGACCUGAGUCGGGUUGAAGAGCUCAGCACAGACGCGUCCCUUCCUGCCCAAUGGGGAUAGGAGAAGACGCGAGCACGAGGAAAGGACAACAGUGAAGGGUCGUGGCGCGGCGAAAAGAGAGGGACUAUCGUCGUAGAGUGGCGCAGAGAAAGAGACAUGCGGUAGAGUCGAAGAAAGACGCCGCGAGCCCGAGAUUCGCUCAAUCGGUUCAGCAAGAGCGACAGUGAGCACAACAGUUGGCGGACAGCAGCAGCAGCAGCAGCAGCAUUACCAACGUUUCAGAGGGGGAUUCGGGCACGGUCUGAUCUCUCGUGGAUCGCACUCUGUCCCAGGAUGGCCGACGACACCGCGACCGAGUGCGAGGACAAGAAUGAGGCGGCGACACCGAUACCGUUCUGCCUCGUCGAGUUCCAGUGCAAGUCGGAGCCAUUAGAUCUAUUGGAGCCAUUGGAGCCACUGGAGCCGAGCGGUGACCUGACCCACCAGGCCGACGAGGACCCGUUUGACGAGUCUGCGUUAAACGUUCCGGUGUCAAUACCUAUGAUAAAGGACCCAAUUGUUCUGUUGGAGAGAUGCGAUAAAAUUUGGGAAACACUACAAUUGAUAAAGGGACAAACUGAGACGCCAACAGCGCUAACUGAUGAUUGCGACAAGGAUGUAGAGGAGACGAAGGAGGAGGAGGAAAUGGAAUGCUUGGACGAAGUUAAACAGUCUUUGUCGUCACCCGUCAGGAUGCAACUUAGGCGAAGCGACAACACAGCGGCUACAUCGGCUUUCAAGUUUUCUAUCCAAAGGACAAGGAAACUGUAUCCUUGCAUUACUUGUGGCAACCAAUACUUGGAGAGACGAUCCUUGAGAAAGCAUUCGGAGAGAGUACACGGAGUUGUACUUCCCUUACUCAUCAAGCGUAAACAUUGGAGACACAUGAGGAAAAUUAAAGCCGCUACGGCUACUUCGCCCGGCAAAGAAGGUAACCGCUCCGAACAACUGCAUAAUAAUAAAGAUUCCUCUGAAGAGACUACUGUGAAGACAAAACCUGCCAGUGCUUCACCAGCUACUUCAUCUACUACGACGACACAGUUGAUCAAGUGUACAUUAUGCCAACAGAAAGUAACAUCUUUGAGAAAACAUUUAAUUAGUUAUCAUAAAAUCGGAGGCUCUUCGACUGUGGUAAAACAGCUGGAGUCGUCAUUAUUAAGUGAGACUGCGUCUGAAGAUGGGAGAACUACGGAUGAGCCACAUCAAGGAAGGGGUCGUACGACGGACAAUGAAGAGAAUAUUCACGGAAGGUCUCAACAAGUCAAGAGAAAGACCAGCUAUACCUCACGCCAUGCGAGUGACAGAAAGAAAUUUAAGUCGAGCAAUGAAUGCGAUGCACUUGUUGAGACUCCUCUUCCCACCGUACCGAAACAAGCGUCAAUGUUUGGUUCAUACAAGUGUAACAUUUGCUUGGGAAUGUAUUCGUCCACGCACAGUUUGUACAAACACAAACGCAUUCACUACAGGCGUGGGGAAACUAGAGAUAACUUUCAUAAAUUCCAAUGUAGAUAUUUUAAUUCGCCAUUCAAUAAGAAAUUCAAGGUGUAUGCCGAAGCAAGGUCUCGCAUGAUGUCAGGUAAUAACGUCGCAAAGAACACUAGCAGUGAGGUGAAUGAAGACAGCACGUUACAAUUAAACGAUCCAGGGCACGAUUCAUCGUUUCAGCGAGCAACUCGGUACAACGAAAGAAUGAAGAAAAUUAAUGAAACUACUUGCUUAUGUGGAAGAUCGUUUCGGAAUCCUCAUACCUUGUUUAUUCAUAAAAAGAAUUGUGAAUUAUAUCAAUAUGAAGAUGCUACAACACAAAGCAGGGUAAGCAGUGAUAGAGACUCUGGUAUCGGCAUUAACAUAACAAUCAAGAAACGAAACGAUUCCUAUGAGAUAGUCGGUAAAGAUGAUGAGCUGGAAAUAUCUGAAACCUCGAAUCCUAAAGAUUCUUUAUCUUGCACAUCUAACAAUACCAAAGAUUUUAUUGAAACGUCCAUUACACGACAUAUAUCAGAUAUACAGUCUAAAUACAGUAAAGACCACAGUAUUCUGAAAUUAGAAGAUGCAGACGAAGAUGUAAUCAUCGAUGUUGAAGAUGACGUGCAAGUUUUCCCCAAUAAAGAUACAACGAAGCAGGUGAUUGCGACACGAGAAGAUGGUAAACAGGAUUCGUCGGGGCAACAAAACGAAGAUGUAAAAGCUGGCAAAACCGAAAAAGUUUACAAUAAAGUCACUACGUUGAAACAAAUGUGUCAAAAGGUUCUCGAUGUUCUUGAGAUGUGUAAAUCCGAGAACGUGGAAAAUAAGGAGACAAGCCAGAUUAAAGAUCGUGAAACUUGCGACGAAAAUAGCGAGGAAAGAAACAUGCAAGGGAGCAAGCGGGAAUUACGAUCACGUUAUCACUAUUCCAGAGUAGAGUCGGAUCACACCUACAUUAGAACGAGGGUCGAGACGACGCAAUUUAAUUCCUUCAAAUGCGGCUAUUGUAGAGAAGAAUUGGAUACGAUUAAGGCAUACGAUAAUCAUCAAUGCACUGUUACACGUGGAAUAUCAUUCGAUAAAUUUUCGCUGCAAUUGCCGUGUUUCUUUUGUAAGGAACUAAUAAAUAACUAUAAUGAAUUUGACGAGCACGUGAGAAGCAAGCAUUUCGAUACUAUGCAUCAUUGUUACCACUGUCCCGAACGGUUCACGAGCGACAAAGCACGAUUAGCUCAUUGUCGUUCGGAGCACAACGAUCUGGGUUGUAGAUUUUGUAAUAAAAAAAUUUCCAUUGCAGGAAAGGCCUUUCACGAGGCUUAUCAUUUAGGCUACGGUUUUCCCUGUCAUAAAUGUAAGAAGGCUUAUAUAACUAAUAGGAAUCUUUACUAUCACAAGCAAUCUGUACACUCGAGCUGGGCUGAUGACUUAAUGACUUGUACUAUAUGCCUGAAAUGCGUGAAAUUUAAAACUUUCCGCCGUCACAUGGCUGCGCACAAGCAUAACGCAUGUCAUUUUUGUGGCAAAAAGUUUUCCGAUAGGGUAGGCAUAGAAUAUCACACCAUGAUGUAUCACGGUACAAACGUCAAGUUAAAAUGUAAUACCUGUGGUACACGGUUUUAUACCAGAAAGCAUCUUGAGGCGCACGAGAAGAUAGAUGGAUGCAGCAAUAGCAAAAGCAACGUGAGAAAGUAAGUUGCAAUAGAACAUGCUAAGGGUUGUUAAGCUGUUAAGCCUGAGAGGUAUACCAUAUGUGUGGACGAAAUAAAUUAAUAAAAUUGAUGUCCGGCACAAUUACUUCUUUUGCAUGCCGAGUUAUUUUCAAUUUAGUUGCAACAUGCAAAAGUACGUUUAUGCAUUAAUAUUAUUUAUGAUGUGCGUACACAAAUUUUAUAUUUUGAUAAAUGUAUUGUUAUCUUCACAUCCAAGACACAGGUGACAAUUUCUGAAAGCGCCUGUAUCUCGCUGCGCAUUGUAUUAAUUACAUAAUUGUAUCAAUCACUAAAUCAAUCGGUAUCGUAUAUAGUUUAUGUUGGAUGCUAGUUCAGAUUGCACCCUGCGAAUUAAAUCACGUGUAUAUUUUUGUUUUUAAUAAUGGCAUUUUUAAUAUUUCUGCAGAAUCUGCCCACUGUAAUUAGUAUAAUUAGGAUUACACGAACUAUCUGUUAAAUUGUAGUUUAUCUGUAACUGUUAAUAUCUUACAUAGUCGUUAGAAUGCGAGAACUCUUUUGUAAAUGAUGUAUUAUUAAAAAAUGACGCUAGCAAAUAGUAUUUGUAAUAAUUGUAACAUAUUAAAGUAACUUUUAUUAUUAAAUUAGAAAUAAAAAAUGUCUUAAGCGCCACCCCAGUGCAGAAUAAUUUUGAAAACACGUCAUUUACAGUACAUCAUUUAUUUUUAAUGUUACUUGGUACAAAUAUCUUGAUAAUCAAAGGAAUGUACUCUUUGUAUGCUGAAAGAUGCUCUAAUGGAUAUAUAAGACAUUCUUUUAAGAUCUACAAUUGAGUCGUUUAUCUUGAAUGAUCAAACGAACACUAUCAUGUUAGCGAGUUCUAAUUUUAUGACAUUACUUAUUAAAUAUCAUUCUUUUGUUCAGUUUUUGCAAACUAAUUGUCGUUGAAAUAUGGUAAAAUAUUAUUUUAUUAGAUAAUAUCGGUUUUAUACUUGGUAGUUUGAUGGUGAUUUUAUUGCAUUAAAGUAAAAUGAAAAAAAAUUGUAUUACGAACUCAACGAUAAAAUAAAAUUGUUUGCAUAUUUGAACAUACCGCUGCAGUGUUUGUUCCUAAAUAAAACACGGUUCGUGAAAAACUA